AUGUACAUGUACAAUGUAUCUAUACGUAUAUGUAACUGCAUGCUGCGAGUGACGUUAAUGCAACUUGUUGCGACGGUGAUCACUGACAAUGGGCUGAAGAUCAAUCCGAAAAUCCAGAUAAUCAGCGAUCAAUAAGUGGAAUACAGGUGCUUGUAUCACCGGCAACUUCACGAAAAAGUGUCUGCUUUCAACUUACACACCCCAGACUUGUGGAUAUAACUUUGAAGAAAGAGUAGAAACUUACACCUCCGGAAGUUUCUGUUGACAGUAGCCUCGGCGCCUAGGCCGACUGGGCCGUUUUUGUAAUAGAUUGAACCCGACAUCUGUACAUUUCAUCUGUGAACCUGUGCGAAGGACUAUUGACAUUGGAAGUAAAGCAAGAAUGGCAGUGGCUAUCACCUAUGUGCUUCAGGAGUGAUAUGUCAAGCUACAGUCCAGACACCAUGUGAAAGAAACAGAGACGUCAUGAAGUUGCCUUUUUCCCCCGGAUUGUAGCUUUGUGUACCUUCGCACCCUGCAUGCUGGUGAAUAUUUGCAGGGACGUUCAUAUUCAGCCAUUCCUUCUGCAGUGGGACUGGUGCAUACACUGUUCUUUUCCCCAAGGACCGUAUGGCUGAGGAGGCAGCCCAUGGCAGGUUGGAGGAAGAGCAAGAGGAAGGGGAGGAUUCGGAUGUUGCCGCUUACAGGAACCUCAUUGUGGAGAUGGAGAGGGAGAUUGAAGAGCAGUCACCGGACUCGUCCACAGAGUAUGAAAACAAGGGCCUGCUCAAAUCGUCACACUUUGACAUGCCUCGUCUAGGCACCCCACCUCGCCCUCUUAAUGGUAUCCUUGCAAAUUCACACAAAGGCGGACAGGGCUCUGCCAAUGCAAGUGGAUUGGUCAGACCCGCAUGUGAUUCCCCUGAUUACGGUCUUGCAGGCAGGGGUUCCCCUGUCAGGAGUGCUCACACACCCCCUGGGGAUCCGGAGGAGAGGUUGACACCGACUUCACCACGGAGUAGCUCCCCGAUACUGAUCCACACUCCCUCACCUGUGCUGAAUCGCAGCACCUCCCCGCUGUGUGAGAAGAAGCCGAGGAGGAAUCGCAAGACUCCUGUGGUCUCCGACCCCGUGAUUCAAGUGAAGGCUGCUGCUGAAAAUCCCCCCAGAAACGGCAAGACACGGUUGAUAGACGAUAUUGACUCCAUUGAGAGGCAAAAGGCAGCACUUGGAGAGAAACCAGAGCCUCCAAAGUCCACAGUGAGAACUUUCAAACAACGCUCAGCUCAGGAGAACUUUGGCCUGUAUGGUCUUCUUACACCUGCUCUUUGUCUUGUGCCUGCUGUUGAUGGGCACGAUGCCUUGACCCGGACUUUCUCCGAUCUCUGUGGCGAGCACCGGGAGCUGAAGUUGGCCGCAGCUCACAUUGACGAUGCCAUCAAUGGCCGGGGCAAAUGGGGCAAAGCAAGAGCCUUCUUCACUUCCAGACAGGGACAGUUAUGCUUCAAGGUGAUCAACAAUAAGUCUUUCACUGUUGUCGUGCUGUUAGCGGCAGUGCUGCACAUGAUCAUGGCUUUCCUUGAGCCACCAGCAGUACAACAGACAUCUCCUGCAGUCUUCGUGUUAACAAUGGUCUCCUUGCUGGUGUAUACCAUUGAUGUCUGGGUGAACAUAGGCUUUCUCUCAUGGCGAGUGUUUUGGUCGCUGGACGAGAACAAGUGGAUGAGAACGGAGUUUGUGUUUUUAUGCAUGUUCAGCGUAGAUUUUGUAAUGCUGGUCAUUCAAGAAAUAGUGCAAGUUCGUCUUUUACAACCUUUCCGAUGUCUGCGGGCAGUCAUCAUCAUGUGCAAAUUGAAGAAUGUCGGUCACAUCUUUGAUACCGUCCUCUCCAUUGUGAUCAACCUUAUCAAAACUUUUUUCAUCAUCCUAAUAUUUAUUAUCAUGUUUUCUGCCAUGGGGGUGCAUCUUUUCUCGGAGUCUUACCACUGCAUUAACUGCAAUGUCACAGAUACCAGCAACUGCAGUGAUAACGACACCUUCAACAUUUACACUGGUGCAUUUGAUAACAUUGGCAUCACAGCGUUGAGACUCUUCGUUCUGCUAUCCACAGAAAAUUAUCCAGAGUUCAUGAUUCCAGCUUUUAACAAGAACAGCUGGAGUUUCUUGUACUUUGGCAUCUUCGUCUUUGUGGGUGUAUUUUUCCUGACAGCUAUUCUGCUGGCCAUCAUUGUGGACAGCUACUGGGAGUUUGCCAAGAAACACGUGAAAAUGGAGCGAGCUAGGGAACGUGCUGAGCUGGCCAAGGCUUGGAACCUGCUGGACCCAUUAGGCAAGGGAAGUUUGCCCGUUUAUGAUGAGAAGUUCAUCAAGCUCUUCAAGAUUCUCAAGCCUCAGAACACGGAUGAGAUGAACAUGCAGCUGAUCUCCUAUCUAGACAGCAACCAAGAUGAAGUAGUCGAUUCCUUGGAGUGGACCAUCCGACUCAAUGAGGCACUCUGCUUUGAGUUUGAGAUGGACGAGAUACAGGACAUGAGCACAAACCCAAAGUGGUUCAACAACCUGAAACGAGUUGUCAAGAAACUCAUCUUCUCGGAUUGGUUUGCUCGAGCCGUCAUGGUUUUCAUCGUGGCACAUUGCAUUCUGUUCUGUCUGGAAUGGCGAGGAAUGUCAGAAACUGCCAGAUUGGGCAUCAACAUCGGAAAAUCAGUCAUCAUUGGUCUGUUUUUGGUUGAGGCAUGUCUGCGUGUCUUCAGCAAUUGGAGGAUACUCAAGGAAGUGAUUGAGGUGCUGGACAUUGUCUUCAUUCUCAUUGCGCUCAUCAACAACAUCCUGUGGUACUUCUCAACCGAGCACAAGCAGGUCUUAGAUGUGAUUGGGGGUUUGGCGGUGGCCUGCAGAGUGGGUUUGAACUCAGCCCAGACAAAGAGAGCCGUGGUGGUGUUCUUCACCAAAAUAUUCCCAGUCAUGUUUGACCUGAUCAUCCUAGUGUUUGUUAUCUUAUUCUUGUAUUCCGUUGUUGGAUAUGAACUGUUCUACAGUCAGACUCCCAAUUAUGACUACAAUUCUGGGCAUUACGAUUACAAGUGUCUGCUAGGCUUUGAGUCCCUCGGUUGCUCCCUAUUGAUGGUAUUCCAGAUUAUCACUACCAGUAACUGGCAUGAGAUUAUGAACUCGGCUAUGGUCUCCACCACUGACUGGGCCUGCUUGUAUUUCAUUCUUGGCUUCAUCUUUAUCAAUCUGAUUGUCAUGAACCUGUUUGUGGCCAUUGCGAUUGAAGCCUUCAACAAACUGGGCACCGAGAAAGAGCUAGCUGCUGCCCAAGACACUGACAAGCCAGCUGAACCAGAGGAUGCCAACUUUGCGACAUCAGCCAAGACAUUCCUGAAUAAUCUCUUUGAGAGUUCAAGGGCAGAGCAAGGCAAGGACAAAACUGAACGAACCAAUCAGAAUGGCAGUCCGAGGUUGAGGAGACCAAGCAGAGUGAGCGUGGUUGGCAUGAGUGGAUCUUUCAGUCCUAUGCCCUACCAGACUUCUAGUCAGUCCAGCCUCAAGACACCAGAACCACAAGAGGAUGAGGAACUGGAGGAGGAGGUGGAAGAUUACUCUGGUCUGACUCCCCAAGAGCGCAAACGGAGACAGCUGAAGAAGAAGAUGAUGGACAAGAAGAAGAAGAAGGUAUCCAGGACAAAGAUCGUCGUGGUGACAGCUUACAAGGGCAGCAAGGAUCAAGAGCUGGAUCUGAAUGUUGGAGACGAGGUCACCAUAUUGAAAAAGCAAGAUGACUGGUGGGAGGGCCAGAUCAAAGACAAGAAGGGUUGGUUCCCAGCCUCGCAUGUCAAGGAGGUCAAACGAAACAACGUGGUUCACUUCCAAGACCAGGAAAAGGCUGACCAAGCUGCUGAUAAUCCUAAGCCAGCUUGGAAUCAAGACACUAUGGGAUCACUGGAUAGUGCCAACAGUACCCUGCCUGGUGCUAAUGACUCACAGAGGGAUCACCUCCAUCCAGUGGGCUUGAGCCAGAUUGCAUCCCUGGCCACUGCAGCAAAGCAUAAGCCACGACUGAAGGUCCGCAACACAGGCAGCUGGCGGAAGGAGAUCCUGGGUGAUAUCACCGUCAUGAAUCCUGAAGAGCUGAAAGCACUCAACAAGAUUCUGAAGGGCCAAUCAGGAAGAGGCUCCUUGACAGGUUCACUCACGCUUGGAGGAAACUUAAGGAAGCCACCGUCUCUAACAAAUGACAGCGUCAUUGAGGAGGAACCUGACAAUGACGUAGCAUUAUCCAAGACAGUGCCUCUACCUAAGCCAACCCCACUCCGGGCUCCACCCCCACCCCGGGCUCCACCUCCCAUGAUCAGUUUGGAGAGAGCGGAUACCCUACCCCUGCCAGACCUAGCAGAGAUUGAAGAAGAAGAGGAGGAGGGACCAACAUCCAAGCCAGGGAGUGCGAGUAAAAAGGAGGACAAAUAUGCUUCAAAGACCGAGGAGGACAUAUAUCCUUCAAAGACCGACACUUUGACGGUUGAGAAACCAGAGGUUCCGGCAAGCGUCAAAAAGAAGCAGAAUCGUGAGAAGGCCAAGAAUGGUGAAAUGCCCUCCUGGAUGUUAAAAUUUGCCCAGGAUAACAAGCUCAACGUCUUGAAUGACGUCAAGUUCGACGAAUCCAACAUGGAAGCCCGGCCACCCUCGUCAUCAUCGGAUGAUGAACUGCAAAGUCUACCAGGGAAGGUUCCAACGGAUGGAGAAAGUGAAUUAUAGCAAAAUACAACCAGUGGCAUUAACUCCAAGAAUUUGAAUUGUCCAGAGCAAGAACAAAGAAUAGGUUAGCAUCAAAUUAAAAUGUACAAAAUGUGUACGAGUAGAACUGGAGACGUGAGUGAUGCAUGUAGAUGUAUAAGCAUGGUAUUUUGACCCAGUCAUUUUGUUUUGAGCCAAUGGGUGAAUUUGUAAUCGUUUCAGCUUCAGUAUCAGGUAAUCGAUUCUGUCCCCUUAAUAUUUUUCGUUUUUAACUCAAACAAAUGGGUAAUAAACUAAAGUACCUCAAGAAUUCCUCUUCUGCCAGUAUAGCCAUGCAAAUGUACAGUGGAUGUUUUGUACAGUGAAUAUUUUUGUAUAAAUUUCCGAGAUGAAUUUACUGGAGUUUAAAAAAAAAUGGUCGCCAGUCAAUCGCUGUGUGUAUUGUGUACAUUUUGGUAACACCUUUUUUGCAGAACCUUGACUGAGUGGAUAUCAUGUGAGUAUUUAACUUUGGCUCAUAUUUUAUGCAAUAAAAUCAAGAUGUAACAAGGGAAUCGUUCAAGGUAGUUUUGAAGCAAUAAAAGUAAGGAUGUCCAUUGUUUGAUUUUCUAUCCACCCUCCAUUGGCAGGUGCAACAUUAUCAGCAAUAAGAAAAUUGGGUCAGGAGGUGAAAGGGAAUUGUAAAUAGAAUUUUAAAAACUUGUGUAAUACACUCGAGAUUGAAGGCAUAUUUGUGUGAUACGCGUCCCCUGACAGAAGAAAGUUUUCUACAUCUUUGUGUUUAUAAUCAGUUUGAGUUGAUGCCUGUAAUCCGUCCAAUCAAAAUAGUUUGUUCUGAUCCGUCCAAAUUCUAUUUUUGCCUUCGUUGGCAAAUUACUGUGGAAACCAAAUAGGUUUCAUCACUGCAUGAGGACACUUUUUGUCUGUUUUCUAUUUUCAUCCUGCAACCACCUAGCCAGUACCUGGGCAUUGCUCCCCAUUUCAUUGGUUUUUUAAGAUGGAGAAAAGAUCUUUCAGUCCAUGGCCAUCAAGCAAGCACUGACACUCAAUACUUGUUUAGGUACAGGGUGUACCUGGUAGGGUUCAAAGCUGGGUCACCUGGAUUCAGAAAAGGUAUCUUUUUUACCACAAUGAGGACAAUGACGAAUAGAGUAUUUAACAAUUCUGGACGGCUGUGAUGUGGGAUGUUUGAUACAGGCCAACAGGUCAUAUCCCACAUCACAGCAGUCAAUAAUUGUUUUGUUAUACCUCUAGAGGUCUUGGAUUCUUUGCAUUUUAUUUCCUCACCUUAAGUGUUUUUAAUUAAUUGCUGCUCAGAAAGUUGUACCACGUGCACAGACUCGGUGCAUCGCACUAUCGGUUUAACUAUUGGUUGCACUUGUCUUGCUUGAAAGUGGUAUCUUUAAAAUCUCUCAACCAUUUUUAAGGAGAAUCUACUUGUGUCAUCAAACUUAACAGACACUAUGUUAAUGAACAUUUAAGAAGAAAUGAACUUCAACAGAAAUUUUCAGCAUUUCAAGAGUUGAUCAUAUCCUUCAUCAGUCUGCUAUUAUCAGCUGUAUAUAGAGUGAAAGUAGGUUUGGGGGACUAUUCUAUGAUAUCACAAUGUGAUAUGCAUAAGGUUGAAGGUAAUAUGUGUUUUUAUCACCUGGUCACAUGAUCAUUCUGGGCCAAUGAAAAUAUGGUAUUCCAGACAGAACUAUAAUGCUUAUUUUUAUACUGCCUUAUUUCUUUCAAUUUUGGUAUCAAUAAAGCAAUACAUGAGUGCUAUUUAUUUUACCUGAGUUCUAAAUUAAGCAGAGAAUUUGUGUGCUCUUUCUUCAAUCAAAUGGAAUAUUGGGCUUUCAAUUAAAUUGUUAGUAUUUAAUCAUUUAAAAGCUUGAAGUCAUUUUGAAUGUUUAAUAGUAUUUGAACAAAAGCCUGUGAGUAGUACUUGUUUGAACAGUCAGGUGCUUAAACUAAUUAUCCAGUUAAAAUGUUAGAAUUUAUCUCAAGGAGCCAGUGUGCAGUGACUGCACCAUGGUUUAUGAUUGAUUCUCAUUCACAUUUCAUUUAUGAAGUCUUUCCCUUAUCAUAACAACUGAUUCCUAUUAGCACACGACCCAUAAACAAUGAGCCCAUGCCUGUGUUCCACCAUUUCUCCUAACAGAACACAUAUGUUUUGAAUUCCUCUUUUUGUAUAAUUUUGGUACCUUGUCUAAAGUACAUAUAUCUAUGCAACAAAAACCAAUUCCCUGUUGGAGGAAGGAAGAUCUGCUGUACUUGCAGGUUGUUAAAUAGUAAACAGUUUAUCCUAGACAGAAAGAAAACAAGUGUUGUUUGUGUACUUCUUGAGUGUUUUGCCACCCUGAGUUUGCGCCAGCUUGAACAGUACUGUCACUUUCUACAGAAAUUUGUUCAUAAAAUGAGAGUUUCUGUUCAGUGAGACCCUUUUCCAACAUUGGUAAACAGUUUCCUAACUGUUUACUAACUGAAAAAGAAGCAUUUCACUAUUGAUGAUGCAAAGAUUAUAUAGAUGACCAACAGGGUUGGAACAAAAACAAUUGAUUGGGUAAUUUAAUGGGAUACAUUAAACUUGUACGUGUAGUUAAGCGCAAUGUACAAAUGUGAAUAAGGUACACUGUAUGUUCAGAGAAUCUUUUCUUUAAAAAAAAAUCUUAUUUGGUUUUUGUGACUUCACUCAAAUAUGUAUGACUCGUAUGGGUUUAUGCAGUCAAUAUACAUACAGCGGAUCAGCUCUGUCAAACAUGUAGUGUUGAAUAAUACACUUUAGGGAUCCCUGCAUCACUGGAAAAUGGAGCUGUUUAUUAAAAUGGAUGCAUUUGACAACAAUUUGUCAUUCUGUCAGUAUAUAAAGCCUCUAAAAACGUUUUUUUUUAAUCGUCAAGUUUAAUUUCUACAGUCAUCUGCAAAAGUUUAGGACCACCCAUAGAAAAUGCAUUGACCUGAAGGAAAACCAAACUGAAACCAAUCAAUCAUGGCA